AUGAAUUUGGGGGACCUAAACAAGAUCUGGGAAAUCAAAACCCUGAAAAGAAAGGAUCAGGAAGCGGAAGCCAGGAAGAUUCUCGAGAAAAUUGCCAAACAGGUCCAGCCCAUUAUGCGCAAACACAAAUGGCGCGUCAAGCUUCUCUCUGAAUUCUGCCCAAACAACCCUCGUCUUCUAGGGUUGAAUGUGAACCGCGGUGUGCAUGUGAAACUGAGGCUGCGUAGGCCAAACAGGGAUUGGGAUUUCUAUCCCAUUGAUCAAGUCCUUGAUACAAUGCUUCACGAACUUUGUCACAAUGUUCAUGGCCCUCAUGAUGCCAAGUUCUACAAGCUCUGGGAUGAACUUAGAAAGGAAUGUGAGGAGCUGAUGUCUAAGGGAAUAACUGGCAAUGCUGAGGGGUUUGAUCUUCCAGGGAGACGUUUGGGGAGUUUUCACCGUCUUGGUGGUGAUAGCAGUAUUAUGGUUGCACUUAGUCCAGUGCAAGCUGCUGCGAUGGCUGCAGAGAGGAGAUUGCAGGAUGAUAUCUGGUGUGGUUCGGUGUCAGCUGAAGCUUCUAUGGAUGGAGAAUGCAGCUAUGAUAAAUCAGAGGACCAUCAAAAUAUAGGGCCAAAUGCAGGAAGUUCAAAGCCUCCCAGUGGUGCAAAAGCACAUUCCUCAGAUACGUUAUUGCAAAAAAGAAGUCGUGAACUGAAUACCAAUGGUUUUUCUAAAUCUACCAAAUGCAAUUUAGGAUCUGAGUUGGUAGAUUUAUCCAUGGAUGAGUCAAUAUCUGGGUCCAUGAUUGAUUGUGAUAUCAAAUCUCAAAAGAGAAGUCGAGGAUCAGAAAAUAGUUCAUUCUCUCGUUCCAAUUGCCAUCUAGAAUCUAGUGGUAGGCAUCAGUCAUGUGUUUCAUCUUUCGGGUCCAGGUCUAAUAAUGAUGGAACACAUAGUCCAGAGGAAACUGCUCUUUGGCAGUGCGAAAUGUGCACUUUGUUGAAUCCCCCAUUAGCUCCAAUAUGUGAGCUCUGUAACACAAAGAAACCAAAAGAUGUUGGUACAAAUUACAAAAUCUGGACCUGUAGAUUCUGCACUUUGGAAAACUGUGUGAAGUUGGAGAAAUGCUCAGCAUGUGGUCAGUGGAGAUACUCACAUGGCCCACCAAUAGCAAGCCAGGCACCAAAUCUGGGCACUUGA